AUGACCAGGACCCAAGUCCCUGCGACAAAUCCGGCUGUCUAUGCCGAAUACCAGGCCAAAUGGUCUGCUCUUCCUGAUACUGCAGACACAUGGUUGGCAAGAGCACGUGAAGUCGCCGAGGUUCUGGCCCAGGAUGCAGCACAGCGAGAUCAGGAGAAUAAGUCUCCUCGUGCAGAGGUGGCGCUGCUUAAGCACUCGGGUCUGCUGAAGCUGCUUGGGCCUAAGAAGUAUGGUGGUGGAGAACAGCCUUGGAGUGUUGGGUAUAAGGCUAUCCGGGAGGUUGCGAAGGCGGAUGGGUCUAUUGGUAUGCUAUUGGGCUACCAUCUCCUUUGGUCUACCACCGCCAGCAUCGUCGGAACCCCUGAACAAGCCGAGCGAACCCAUGAACUCAUCCUCUCGAACAACUACUUCGUGGGCGGUGCUGUGAACCCUCGUGACAACGACCUGAAGAUCACAUCUGAUGGAGACCAUCUUGUGUUCAACGGGUCCAAGCACUUCAAUACCGGAGGUGUUGUUUCUGAUCUCACCGUGCUGGAGGGUGUACUUGAAGGCACCGAGGGCCAUAUCUUUGCGCUCGUUCCCACUGAGCAGGCUGGUAUUCAGUUUGCCUACAAUUGGCAUAAUAUUGGUCUUCGCUUGACGGAAUCUGGCGGUGUCAAGAUUGAGAAUGUUCGUGUGCCAUGGGCUGAUGCCCUGGGCUGGGAUGAGUCGAGCAAGACUCCUCGUGAGGAUAUUCUCCUUAUUCCUUUUGCUAGCCUCUUGCUGCCAACAAUUCAACUCGUCUUCAGCAAUUUCUACCUAGGCAUCGCCAUCGGAGCCCUGGAAUUCGCAGCAAAGUACACUACAAGCUCAACUCGAGCCUGGCCCUUCGGAGGCGACAACAAGGACUCCCCAACAGACGAGUUUUACAUCCUCGAGCGCUACGGGAACUUCUUCGCGCAUCUCCGAGCCACCGAAGCUCUAGCCGAUCGUGCUGGCGACCAACUCACCACACUGUAUGACCGCUACUCAACCGAUCGAUCGGCUCUCACUGCAGACGAGCGAGGCGAAGUUGCGGAAUGGAUUGCCAGCGUCAAGGUGGUCACCACGGAUGUUGGACUUCGAGUUACAUCGGGGAUCUUUGAGGUCACUGGGGCUCGGGCCACUGCGUUGAAAGUCGGGCUUGAUCGAUUCUGGCGCGAUAUCCGGACUCAUACUCUACAUGACCCGGUGGCGUACAAGAACCGAGAACUCGGGCGGUUCGUGCUCCUGCAGGAAUACCCCGCUCCAACGUGGUAUACUUGA